AUGAACGGGACAGAAGGCCAAGACUUCUACGUGCCCAUGUCCAACAAGACCGGGGUGGUGCGGAGCCCCUUCGAGUACCCCCAGUAUUACCUGGCUGAGCCGUGGAAGUACUCGGCGCUGGCUGCCUACAUGUUCAUGUUGAUUCUGCUCGGCUUCCCCAUCAACUUCCUCACGCUCUAUGUCACCAUCCAGCACAAGAAGCUCCGGACACCUCUGAACUACAUCCUCCUGAACCUGGCAGUCGCCGACCUCUUCAUGGUGUUUGGAGGCUUCACAACCACAAUGUACACCUCCAUGAAUGGGUACUUUGUCUUUGGAGUAACGGGGUGCUACAUCGAAGGCUUCUUUGCCACGCUGGGCGGUGAAAUUGCUCUCUGGUCACUGGUGGUCCUGGCUAUCGAAAGAUACGUAGUGGUCUGCAAGCCCAUGAGCAACUUCCGCUUCGGGGAGAACCAUGCCAUCAUGGGUGUUGCCUUCUCCUGGAUCAUGGCCUUGGCGUGUGCAGCUCCCCCACUUUUCGGCUGGUCCAGGUACAUCCCCGAGGGCAUGCAGUGCUCAUGCGGGAUCGACUAUUACACUCUGAAGCCAGAGGUCAACAAUGAAUCUUUUGUCAUCUACAUGUUUGUGGUUCACUUCAUGAUCCCGCUGUCGAUCAUAUUCUUCUGCUAUGGGAACCUGGUUUGCACUGUCAAGGAGGCUGCUGCCCAGCAGCAGGAGUCUGCUACCACCCAGAAGGCAGAGAAAGAAGUGACUCGCAUGGUCAUCAUCAUGGUCAUCUCCUUCCUGAUCUGCUGGGUCCCCUAUGCCAGCGUCGCGUUCUACAUCUUCACCAACCAGGGAUCGGACUUCGGGCCCAUCUUCAUGACCAUCCCGGCAUUCUUUGCCAAGAGCUCGGCCAUCUACAACCCUGUGAUCUACAUCGUAAUGAACAAACAGUUCCGUAACUGCAUGAUCACAACCCUCUGCUGUGGCAAGAACCCACUGGGUGACGAGGACACAUCUGCUGGCAAGACAGAGACCUCCUCCGUCUCCACCAGCCAGGUCUCUCCUGCAUAGGCCCCCUGGGAGCAGCUGGUCCCUGGGGUGCCACCCUGGG